GCGUAAACAGGAGGGACCUGCGCAUGCGCAGUACGUACCUCUUCGUCUCGAGUCAAGCGAGAGAAGCUGGGAGAGUCUCUUCAAAUAGAAAUAAAAUAUUUAUACUGGAUUUUUUUCAAGUUAGCCAUCUUAUAGAUGGAGGUACGAAAUAAAUAUCUCCGGGGCUGUGCGACCUUUAGUUGUGUCAACUGAAACCAAAUAGACCGCGAGUAGAAGGGGAGGCUGUCUAGGAUAGAAGAACAGGAAAAAAAUAAAGAAAGAAAAUAAAUCUUCCUCCUUCCAGGCGGAAAGGGCUGCGGCUGCCCUGUAUUAGACCAGCCCGCCUGCAGAAUGGCUCACCUCCUGAGGAACCAGAACUCGCGGCUGGACCCAGAGGAGUACUUCACUAAGCUGGAGCGCAUAGGGAAGGGCUCGUUUGGGGAGGUGUACAAGGGGAUUGAUAACCGCACCAAGGAGGUGGUGGCCAUCAAAAUCAUCGACCUGGAGGAGGCAGAGGAUGAGAUCGAGGACAUCCAGCAGGAGAUCACGGUGCUGAGCCAGUGCGACAGCCCCUUCGUCACCAAGUACUACGGCUCCUACCUCAAGGGGACCAAGCUCUGGAUCAUUAUGGAGUACCUUGGUGGUGGCUCAGCCCUGGACCUGCUGAGGCCUGGCCCCCUGGAGGAGACCUACAUCGCCACCAUCCUGCGGGAAAUUCUGAAGGGUCUGGACUACCUGCACUCGGAGAGGAAGAUCCACCGGGACAUCAAAGCUGCCAAUGUCCUGUUGUCUGAACAGGGUGACGUGAAGCUGGCGGACUUCGGGGUGGCAGGACAGCUGACGGACACCCAAAUCAAGAGGAACACAUUUGUGGGGACACCCUUCUGGAUGGCCCCUGAGGUUAUAAAACAGUCAGCCUACGAUUUCAAGGCAGAUAUCUGGUCCCUGGGGAUCACAGCCAUCGAGCUGGCGAAGGGCGAGCCCCCAAACUCAGACCUGCACCCCAUGAGAGUGCUGUUUCUCAUCCCCAAAAACAACCCUCCCACCCUAGAGGGUACCUACAGCAAACCCUUUAAAGAGUUUGUGGAGGCCUGUCUCAACAAGGACCCACGAUUCAGGCCCACAGCCAAAGAGCUGCUCAAGCACAAGUUCAUAACACGCUACACCAAGAAAACGUCCUACUUGGCAGAGCUCAUCGACAGAUACCGGCGCUGGAAAUCUGAGGGGCAUGGGGAGGAAUCCAGCUCAGACGAUUCAGACAUGGAUGGGGAUGCAGAGGACAGAGACCAGUGUCCAGUCUGGACGUUUCCUACUGUCCGGCCAAGCUCUCUAAACAAACUCCAGAACGGAAUAUCCCUUCCACACUCACAGAAGAAUGCAGAUGCAGUGAAGAGGCAGCCCAAAUCACAAUGUUUGUCUGCACUGGUGACACCCAUCUUCAGAGAGUUGAAAGAGAAGAGACGAGCGAGUGGUAGGAGUCUAGGAGCAAUAGAGGAGCUUGAGAACGCCUUUAACCUGGCGGAGGAGUCUUGCCCAGGCAUCUCAGACCGCCUCGUCACACACAUGUUGGAGAGGGUGCGGAGGUUUUCACUAAAUGGGAACAGUGUCCCUUCCGCGCGGUGAGGCUGUGUCUGCGUCUAUUUAAAUUCUCUGUCCCUUCCAGGGAGAGCCAUCUGGACAAACCUCUCCUGCUCCUAGAUCCACCCUCUCCCUAGGCCAGAUCUGGACCUGACCAACCCCCCCCCCCCCCAUUUUACCUGCUGCUGAGAAAAGCAGAACAGUAGCUGCCACUCCCCAGGGGGGAGUCAACACCUCAUAGGUCUUUUAAUUAGAGGUUAUAAUUAAGAUAUUUUUACAGUUUUCUUUAUGAAUGAAGAACGUUUAAAAAGAAAGACAGACCGCUAUGUAUUAAGUUGUAUUAGAUAUGUCAUAUACAAUAACAUUGAUUGGAAGUGUUAAAUGGGUUACACAUAAAGCCCUGUCUGUUUUAGAACUUUA